UGAUGCAAUAGCCUUGCAUGCCCUAGUGCCUUUGAAGCACCGGGUUCAAUUUGUUAACCAUUGUGAAUGAUUUGCUUCUGGCAAUCAGCUGUUUAUUGUAUUUCUUUCAAGUCCGCAGGCUGGGCAGUAUAAAAUACUUGAGUUUUUCGUGGCAUUUUUAAACAGAUUAAACCAAAAAUUGCAAUUUUGUCCAUAUGAAAAUGCACAGGAAAUGAUAUAUGUACGUAAUUUAAAAAUAUUAAGAUUUAUAAAAUGACAUAGCCACGCAGAAGAUUAUGGAUGCAGUGUGGGGUAGUUAAGAAUUACUACGUGGAAUUUUAAAUACAUCACUAUAAAAAAAAUACAAAAAAAAACAGCUAAAUAGUAGCACAAAACUAGAAUAAAAACAAAGACAAAAUGAGCAUGGAUGAAAAACUGAAAUAUUCGCUUUUGCGCGGCGAACUGGUGGAUAAUCAAAGCGUUUGGACAAGGCAUGAAAAACGCGUUUGGUUCCUCACACUCAUCACAGGCACAUGCAUGCUCUAUUCGACACGCACAUCUAUGCCACUACUCAUACCCGCCGUUGCAGCCGAGCAGAAGUGGAGUAAAACUGAUUCGGGCACUGUACUCAGCUCUUUCUUUUGGGGUUAUACGUUGACUCAGGUAGUAGGCGGCUACUUCAGUGAUCGUUUUGGUGGUCAACGUGUUAUACUCUUUGCGGCGAUUGGCUGGUCUUUGAUUACAUUCUUCAUGCCAAAUAUCAUAUGGAGUUCAACGGCGAUUAAAGCAUAUUCCAUUCCUUUUAUUGUAACGAUACGUAUUAUAAAUGGCGCAUUCCAGGGUGUACACUUCCCAAGCAUGAUUAGUCUCACAAGUCAGAAUCUUAGCUCAAAUGAACGCACAAGUUUCUUUGGUCUACUCACUGCCGGCUCCGCUCUGGGCACACUGCUUACAGGCAGUCUUGGUUCAUUUGUAUUAGAUUAUUUUGGUUGGCCCUAUGUGUUUCGUGUUAUUGGCUUUUUGGGCAUAGCUUGGGCGUUAAUGUUGCGCUACUAUACCAUGGCUGGUGAGCGCGGACGCAUCAUCAAUGUAUCUGCCCCA